GCGGCGAAUUCAGGGCUUCUGGCUCGCCCCUCCCUGAGGGCUCGGCCCGGUCCCAGGGCGCCGGCGUCGCGCGCCAGCCCGGUUCCUGCCGCCGAAGGCAGAAAAAUGGCUCAGGAGACUAACCAGACCCCAGGGCCCAUGCUGUGUAGUACAGGAUGUGGCUUUUAUGGGUAUCCUAGGACAAAUGGAAUGUGUUCUGUUUGCUACAAAGAACAUCUUCAGAGGCAGCAGAAUAGUGGCAGAAUGAGCCCAAUGGGGACAGCUAGUGGUUCCAACAGCCCUACCUCAGGUUCUGCAUCUGUACCAAGAGCAGACGCUAGUUUAAACAACUGUGAAGGUGCUGCUGGCAGCACAUCUGAAAAAUCAAGAAAUGUGCCUGUGGCUGCGUUGCCUGUAACUCAGCAAAUGACAGAAAUGAGCAUUUCAAGAGAGGACAAAGUAACUACCCCGAAAACAGAGGUGUCAGAGCCAGUUGUCACUCAGCCCAGUCCAUCAGUUUCUCAGCCCAGUACUUCUCAAAGUGAAGAAAAAGCCCCUGAGUUGCCCAAACCAAAGAACAGAUGUUUCAUGUGCAGAAAGAAAGUUGGCCUUACAGGGUUUGACUGCCGGCGUGGAAAUUUGUUCUGUGGACUUCACCGUUACUCUGACAAGCACAACUGUCCAUAUGAUUACAAAGCAGAAGCUGCAGCAAAAAUCAGAAAAGAGAAUCCAGUUGUUGUGGCUGAAAAAAUCCAGAGAAUAUAAAUUACUACUUGUGAAGAGACUGAUAACUUUGUUUUUAUUUUAAUAUAUCAUAGGAAAACAUUAAAGAGCAGAUGCAUGGUCAUUUUCCUUUGAUGUUCUCCAGAGUUUUACUUUACACUUGUCUGUCUUAUAAUUGAUAUUUUAGGAUGUGUGGGUGUUUGUUACAGGCAGAAUUGGAUAGAUACAGCCCUACAAAAUGUAUAUGCCCUCCCCUGAAUAAAAUUGGAUGAAAAUUUGCAUAGCAAGUUGAAAACACAGAUAAUAGGGACAAAAUUUAGUUCCCUUGUGCCAAACACAGCACGUGAAAUAUCUGCAUGUUUGCAGCAUAUCUGCCUUUGAGAAUGUAAUCAAUAUAUAAUCUCUGCCUAGUGUUAGGUGCCUGUAUUUUAUUUUUUUUAAUGGUACACCAGAAAAGGACUGGCAGUCUACUUCUACCAUAAACUUUACCCUGUUAAUUUCCACAUUUUCCUUGGAAGUGGGAAGAAAGCUAUAAAGAAAGCUAUCAGACCUUUCCGUGAAUCCAGUGUUUUGGUGCCAUAUGUAAGCCUGGCUAAUUGGUCUUCUAAAAGCUGUCAAAUAAGACAUUCUUUGGAAGGUACACAUCAUAACUGGUUAUAAAGAGUAAAACAGAUCAAGCCAA